AUGGCUCAACCACCCGGCUCCCCUCAUCUCCAAGUCCCUCACUUCGAGCAGACAACUACAUCCCACCAAACCUUCGUCACCGCACCCGAGACCUCAGAGUCCAUGCAAAAUGCCCCAACCCCCCGAAACUCAUCUCUCGAUCCCAACUCUACCCCCCAAAACCCCACCACAUCCGAAGAAACCACCCCCCUCUUCCUCGCCCCUCCCCCUCGCCUUUCCUACCACCGACAAACCUCCCGUUUCUCCGAAGACUUCUCCUCUUCGGAAUCCUCCCACCACAGCCCCACCCAGCAAUCCCGCAGCCCCUUCCAAGCGCUCACCAACCCCCCCUCCCCUCCCGCACAGGAUCCAGAAUCCCAAGAAACCAAAAACGAAACCACCACCCGCACCACCAGCUCCCCUCCCCAACCCAUCCACUUCCGCUCCAUGACCUGGCUCCACUGCGCCUUCAUCAUGAUCGCCGAAACCAUCUCCCUCGGCAUCCUCGCUCUCCCCUCGGUCCUCGCAACCAUCGGGCUCAUCCCCGGUCUCAUCCUCAUCAUCCUCAUGGGUCUCCUAGCCUGGUACUCCGGACUCCUGAUCCAUCGCUUCCGCGCCGCCUAUCCAUCGAUUGUCUCCUGGGCCGAUGCAUGUUCGAUUCUUCUCGCUCCCCUCGGAAUUCCCAAUGUAGGAAGAGAAAUGGCGGGGGCGGCGCAAAUUCUGUUUUUGCUGUUUCUAAUGGCGAGUCAUAUUCUCACGUGGAUUAUCUGUUUGGAUACAUUGACGGGGGGGAAGGUGUGUAAUAUUGUGUGGGGAGUGGUGGGGAUGGGUGUUUUUUGGAUCCUGGAUUUGCCGAGGACGUGUAGGGGUAUGAGUUGGUUGAGUAUUGUUUCAUUCGCAAGUAUCGGAACCGCAGUCAUCAUCACCAUGGUAUCCGUCGGCGUGCGAGCACCCACCGAGAAAACAUACUCCUUAUGGCCUAAGAAAGAUCUGUCUCUUCGCGAAGCCUUUCUGAGUGUAACGAAUAUCGUAUUCGCUUAUGCCGGCCACAUCGCCUUCUUCACCUUCAUCUCCGAACUACGCACUCCCUCCGACUUCCCCAAAUCCCUCGCUACCCUGCAAACCAUCGAGAUAGCGCUCUACCUCCUCUCCUCCAUCCUCAUCUACAUCUACACCGGCACUUCCAUUUCCUCUCCCGCCCUCCUUUCCGCGGGACCUCUCCUCUCCAAAAUCGCUUUCGGCAUCGCCAUUCCGACGAUUGUGAUCGCGGGGGUGAUCUUUGGACACGUAGCGUCGAGGUAUAUAUUCCUGCGCAUAUUUACCGGGACGACGCAUGCGGAGACGAGGACGAAAAGAGGUUUGGUGGCGUGGUUGGGGAUUACCGCGGGGGUGUGGGUGCUGGCUUGGAUUAUUGGGGAGAGCGUGCCUGGGUUUAAUGAGUUGUUGGGGUUGGUGAGUAGUUUGUUUGCGAGCUGGUUUACGUAUGGGUUGCCUGGGGUGAUGGGGUUGUGGUUACAGUGGGGGAAUGGGAGAGAGGGAGGGAGGUGGGGGAGAUGGGGAGGGAUGCUGGUUAAUGGUUUGUUGGUGGGAGUGGGAGCGGUGCUUUGUGGAAUGGGGGUUUGGGCUAGUGGGGUGGGAAUUAGGGAGACGAGUCAACAGGGGGGGAGUUGGAGUUGUAGGUGA